UGCUUCCUUGCCUCUUACACAUAAUGGAUACCUGGCAGAACCGUGGGUGGCAAGCUGUAAACCAGAUAUUCAUACACGCAGUAAGUCUGGGACCUACAAAACCAAGAUUCUCGAAAAUACAUUCUUUAUUCCCCGAGUGGAUCUCAGAAGCAGCAUUUCUAGGGGACCUUGGCUGCCUGCCCACAGCGGUUCAAGGACUCCAGAUUGGUGCGAGCCUGGGUCUAAAGGUGGAAGGCCCUUGCAGCUUGUAUACUGAAGUCAGAACUGUGCCAAGGUCACCUAGGUCGCAAGGGUCCGCUAGGCGAUACCUGCUUUAAUUACAAGCCCUGCUUUAAUUGGGAUCCAAGGCGCCGGAUUUAGAGCGCAAAGGCGGAAGUGAGGAGCAGCCAUUGAGCAGCGCUUCACUGGGUGUCCACAGACUUUCACCAAUAGGGUCUGACUAGUGCCGGUUGUAGUCCAAUGAAAAUGCUAAAGGGGAGGGGUUUAGUGGGUAUUCUCCAGUCAACUGGGCCGUUUGCUUCUGCUAUAGGUAGGUAGUCCUGCCCUUAGGUCCGAGCGCGCUUGCCCAAUUGGCGGCUACCAAGGGGGGCGUGGCACGGCGCGGUACUGAGGCAGGUAGCUGAGAGUCAGUCCGACGCGCGGUCGCCGUGCAGUCCUGUCGCGGCCGCACGGCCGCAGCAUGGCCGGCCUGGGGCGGCUCGAUCCGGGGCCGCGAACCGUGAUGCCCGCCUGGAAACGGGAGAUACUUGAGCGGAGGCGAGCUAAACUGGCCGCUCUGAGCGGAGGCCCGGGAUCUGGAGCGGCACCGGAUGGGCCUAACGAGCGGCUGGUGCUGGCGGAGAGUCUGGGUCCACUAAGCCAGAACCCGUUCAUGCGACUUGAAUCGGAGAGGCGGCGCGGGGCGCGGCCCGCUCAGCAGCUGCUGGAGCUGUACUGUCGUGUGCCCGGCGUGCGGACCAUUCGAGCCGACAACAUCCUCAUCAUCGAGUCAGCGCCAGGGUUCCCGCCCGCUGUGCCGCCCGCUUCGAGCAUCCGCGCUGCCGAGGUAGUGGUGUACGAGGAGCCACAGCCCGGCCGGGUCAGCCGCCUGCUAGAAAAGUUCGACUCGCCUGCUGCGCCCCGCCGCCGCGGGAGCCCAGAGCGCUUCCGCCCUGCGCUCCCGCAGUUUCCCGUGGCGCCUGCAUCUGCUGCCACGCGCGCUCCUACCAAUCGGUCGUUGGCUCCUGCCCCACCGGUGCUCCCUAGCCAGCCCGCACCCCCUAUUUCGCCUGUCCCCGUUGCCCAGCGCGCGGGUCAGCGCUCUGCCUGUUGCGAGCCCGCGCACCCCGACGGCACUGCGGGCCCCGGGGCCCGGCGCAGCGACUUCCUACAAAAGACCGGCAGCAACUCCUUCACUGUCCACCCCCGAGGCCUGCCCGGCAGUGCGGUCAAUCGCUCGCUUUCUAAUGGACCCAUGACUCAGGAAUCCCCUGCCGGCCCUGCCAAUGGGUUGUCGGGCUCUCCGCCUGUACCGGGCAAGUGGAAGCCAAAGGUGGAGUCAAAGGAACCCUCCCUCCACCCAUCCCCAAGCCCUGGGACCCCAAGUGCCACUCCAGUUGGGCCCCCUGCCUUCCUGGCGCCCAGCCCAGCCAGUGCCACUCCCAGUCAGCGCCAGUGGGUCUCCUCUGCCACCAGCGCCAAUGACUCCUUCGAAAUAAGGCCAUCCUCCAAGCCAGACAUGGAAACUAUCCCAAUUGGGGACCUUCAGGCCAGAGCCCUGGCCAACCUCAGAGUGAACUCCCGCAACUCCUUCGUGUUGAUCCCCAAGCGCAAAGCCCCUGGGAACUAUCCUUCGGCGGGGAGGCAAUUCGAGGAGCCAAAGGGGGAGGUGGGCUGGGCCUCUCAGAGCCAGGGGCUCGGAUCCCAGCUGGUGUCUACAGUGGAUGGUGCACCUGCCCUAGAGAAGAGUUCCUUGGCUGCUGAGAUGCAGUGGGCAAUUAGGGAGGGAGGCUGCCCCAGGCCAGCCAUUUCUGACACAGACAAGUCUGUUAGGAGGCAGAGGCCAGCCUCACCACCUCCAUUUCUACCAGCCACUACUGAAGCUGAGCCGGCUGAAGGCUUGGGGGUUCCUGGCUUGACCAAGAAUGGCCAGGAGCCUGUGAGGCCAGGACUUCCAGUCACCUUCAUUGAUGAAGUAGACUCAGAGGAGGAGGCCUUUCAAGAAGCCAAACUGCCCUCUUCAGCAGUUGGUGUGCCUUCCCAGUACCACCUGCACCCUUCCACACCUGGGCACACCUCAGAGCUCCUCAACCGAGGUAGCAACACUUUCACAGUAGUGCCCAAGAGGAAGCCGGGGACCCUUCAGGAGCCACACUUAAGUCAGACUAAUGGGCAGUCCCAGCAAGGGGCAGAGGAACAGGAUGCUGAUAGCCUCUCAGGACCCCACACUACCCUGGAGAAUGCCCUAAAGAAACGAUACCCCACUGUGAAUGAGAUUGAGGUGAUCGGUGGUUACCUGGCCCUGCAGAAGUCCUGCCUCAUCAAGGCUGGCUCUUCCAGAAAAAAGAUGAAGAUCUCCUUCAAUGACAAGAGCCUGCACACAACAUUUGAGUACCCUUCUGAGAGCUCUCUGGCCCAGGAAGAGGCAGAGGAGGAGGAGGAAGAGGAGGAGGAGGAGGAAGGAGAGGAUGGUGAAGAGGAGGAAGUGGGGCCUGACUCAGAGAAAUCCUUCACAGUUCUCUUGCCCCGGGCCACAUUUGUAAGCAGUGUGGGACCUGAGAGCAGCUCAGGUCUGUCCAGCUACACUCCAAAGCAUUCCAUGGCCUUCAGCAAGUGGCAGGAGCAGACACUGGUGCAGGCUCCAACUGAGGUGGAGCUCCCACCAAAAGAGGUCAUGCUCACACCUGCCAGUCAGAAUGAUCUCUCGGACUUCCGCAGCGAGCCAGCCCUCUAUUUCUGACCCCUGCAACUGUCAGGAUGGCCAAGACUUAGCCCCAGGUGUGGUGGUCCUGGAAGCCAGUCAAUACCCAGGAGCCCUGACUGUAUUCUGUGCCCCUUCCACCUGGCUCUCCCUGCCUUCUUUCUGUGUUGUCUCCUUCUGCCUUUAGGGCCAGAUCUGAAUCUCACGCCAAUGAAGAACAGGUGGGAAUUGCCUGUGGGACAGGCUGACAUCUGUCCAUAUUGUCUCAUCUGUGAUGAGGUGGAGGCCUGAGCAGAUCUUGUCCCAAGGUGCUGUUGGACAUUUCAGCCUCUACCUUUUGGGGAGUGGCCACUGUCAGGAGUAAGAGGCUACCAUAGCUAUUUGUUCUUUGCCGAAAUCCAAGCUCAUGAUUCUACUAUGGUGGACCUCAGCCACUCCUCAUGAAAGAUGGCAGGGUGUUUUUUUUUUCUCCCCCCAGAUAUUAGAAUCAAUAAACAGCACUGUAACACGG